UAAACGUGGGAGAGUGAUGCUAUGUGGAGCCAAGGAGAGACAAAGGCGCUGCCCCCACCUGGUCACCGGUCAUAAGAGAGUCGGGCCGUCAAAUUAGUUGACUUGGCUUGGAGCUCCUCUACAAGGGAGCGGGGGUGAAGUGAAGUCAAGUGCCAGUUGGCAACCUGACGCACCAUCUGACGUAGCAAUAUCAAGUUCCAUCAAGUUAUGAAAAAUCCACAGUAUUAAUAAAUCUAUCUGGUCUACGUUCCAAACCCUUUUAUUAGGCGACCCCAUUGCACCGGUAAAAGACUUCACACACUUCACAACACAUGUUACAAACAUUCUCAAUCUCCUCUUACAACUUCCAUCUCUGGUCUCUUCUUCCGAGCUUUCUCUCUUUCCCUUUCUUUCUUUCGUCUCCUACUUACAGUUCUUGAUUUAUUUAUGGACAAAGGAUGGGGGCUUACCCUUGAUUCUGAUCCUGUAACUAAUUUCUUCCCCAGCAAAACUAGUUCCACCACUGGACCUUUCUUCAGGCUAAAGCAGCCAGCUGACAUGUUUCAUUUCCCUGUUAGCCUUGCUGGCUCCAGCGAGGACCACCACGGAACCUCCUCUCCCUCUGAUGAGAACUGUUUGGCGGUUCACGAGGUCGACUUUUUCUCUGAUAAAAAACACAGGAUUGUUGAUGAUCGUGAGCAUAACAAGACCACUGCUGUCAACGUCAAGGAGACUUCUUAUGGUGAAGGCGGUUCUGCUUCUGAUUUGGAUAUUGGGUUGCAUCUUCUCACUGCUAAUGCUAGAAGUGAUCAAUCAACCGUUGAUGAUGGGUUAUCAUCGGCUAUGAAAGACAAGCGAGCCAAGAAUAUGAAAGACAAGCGAACAAAGAAUGAGCUGGCACAAUUACAAAUAGAGUUGAAACGUAAAAAAGUUGAGAAUCAGAAGUUAAGAGACAUGCUUAGUCAUGUCAGCAAUAAUUACAGUGCCCUCCAGAUGCACCUUAUGACCUCAACGCAACAACAAAGAAAUCGAGGAGCUGAAAACAUACAAGAGCAUGAGACUCAAGAAGGAAAUUCUAAGGUGAAGAAACAUGAGAUGAUAUUGCCUAUACAAUUUAUGGGUCUAGUCCCAUCAAGCACAGCUGAAACGAGUGAGAUGUCUCAUUCUUCAGAAGAAAGAACGCGUUCAGGAUCGCCUAUAAAAAGAAAAAAUGAGAUUUCUCAGUUUAAUCAGGAGAAUUCUAGUUUUCGAGACAGUAGAAGAAUUAGUAGAGAAGAAAGUUCGGAAUUUGAGGACUGGGAUCCUAACAAAGUCCAAAAGCUAAAUCCUGCAAAACCAAUUGAUCAAUCCUCUGAGGCCAUCAUGAGGAAAGCUCGGGUUUCUGUGCGAGCUCGAUCAGAAGCUCCCAUGAUCACUGAUGGAUGCCAAUGGAGAAAAUAUGGACAAAAGAUGGCAAAAGGAAACCCCUGUCCUCGAGCGUAUUACCGAUGCACCAUGGCAAUUGGUUGUCCUGUCCGAAAGCAAGUUCAACGUUGCGCGGAAGAUAGAACAAUCUUGAUAACAACUUAUGAGGGCAACCACAAUCACCCACUUCCUCCUACUGCCAUGGCAAUGGCAUCAACAACAGCAGCUGCGGCUAACAUGUUGCUUUUAGGGUCAAUGCCUAGUGCAGAUGGGAUCAUGAACCCAAAUUUGCUAGCUAGAGCAAUCCUUCCAUGCUCUUCGAACAUGGCAACGAUUUCAGCUUCUGCUCCAUUCCCAACUGUAACAUUGGACCUUACUCAAUCACCAAACCCUCUACAAUUCCAAAGAACACCUAACCAAUUCCAAGUCCUUUUUCCAGGCCAACCCCAAAACUUAGCGUCAAUAUCAGCCACUCCAGUUUUUAGUCAAGCACUGUAUAAUCAGUCAAAAUUCUCAGGCCUACAGUUGUCUCAUGACAUGGGAUCGCCACAAUUAGGCCACCGAGUUCCACAUCCACAAUUGCAGCAGCCUCCGCAGCCCACGCUGGCUGACACAUUAAGUGCUUCCACGACAACCAUCACCAAUGAUCCCAGCUUCACAGCCGCGCUCGCAGCCGCCAUCACCUCCAUCAUUGGUGGUGCUCAUCCAAAUAGUAGCAGAAACACUCCCAAUUCCAACAACAACAGCAAUGCCAACACCACAAACAGCAGACAAUAGAUCAGCUGUUUUUUUUCUUUUCCUUUUUAUUAAUUUUUCCGAAGUUCUUUAAUUGGGGAAUGAAAAGGAGAUUAAAUGUUUAUAUUUUUUGUACUUUGUUGUUGGAGGGUUAGAAAACGUACACAAACUUCAUUCUUUCUUAUUUUUGUAUCAUUUUGAAGAAUUCGAUUCGAAUUUUCAAGUAAAUACACAAAAACAUGAGCAUAUAUAAUUUCUUGUCAGCGUGGAAUAUUCUGUUCCAAACAGUCAAGAAAACACGCUGCCACCCAUUGGACACGUAAUUAAGAAGAAGCUGAGAACUGAGAAAGUGGACUUUAGAAUGAGAUUUGCAGGCAACUGCUUGUGUAUUGAAUGAGACGAAAAGAAAACGAAAAAAAAAAUGGACGAGAUUGGUUUUUCUUUGUGUUUAGGUCAAAUUCGUUCAAUGAAGUAGAUGUUGGAUUUUGAUGAGGUAAAAUUAUUUUAUUGGACAACUCAGAGACCCUUGUC